CAAGCUGAUUUCGGACAAGCACCUUUGAAAGUCGAUAUUAAACUUAGUCCGACUUUGAAGACCUAAAGGAGGAAUGGAUUUACUCGGUGGUGGACUCAUGCACAAGAGCAAUAAUGUAUAAAAUCACUUUCCAACUUUUGGAGGAUAGCAGUAUAAAGGAUAAAAGUUGGCAUAAUGCACCCAAUAAACUACUAUCAGGAUGGAUGUGCGCGUAUUUGCUGAUGCUCUUGGUUUGUGAACUACCCGAACUUUCUUUGUGUGCAAGUGUGGCAGCAUCCAAAGUCAAACAUGAAGGAUUUUGUCCCAACAAGCUGAAUUCCAAUCUGUGGGUUGAUGCGCAAAGCACCUGCGAGAGGGAAUGCAACGUCGAUGAGGACUGUGCCGACUUUGAGAAAUGCUGCACCAACGUGUGUGGCCUCAACAGCUGUGUGGCUGCACGUUUCUCUGAUGGCACCCCUGCCCAGCCAGAUGGGCAGGGUGGGGGAAAAGACAAUGAUGCCCCCGCCUCCACCGCUACCUGCGAGGGCUUUAUCUGCAGCCAGCAGGGGGCAAUCUGUGACAUCUGGGACGGACAGCCCAUCUGCAAGUGCCAGGACCGCUGCGAGAAAGAGCCCAACUUCACCUGCGCCUCAGACGGCCUCACCUACUUCAACCGCUGCUACAUGGACGCCGAGGCCUGCAUCCGCGGGGUGACUUUAACUGUUAUCACCUGCCGCUUCUACCUGGCCGGGCCCCACACCAGUCCACUGCCUCAGGACACUACAGCUAACCCCACCCCGACAUCCUCCCAGGAGGACCCCAUGCCCCCCACACUGUACUCCAACCCUCACCACCAGUCCAUCUAUGUUGGAGGCACCGUCAGCUUCCACUGUGACGUUAUUGGAGUCCCCAGACCUGAUGUGACAUGGGAGAAACAGAGUGAGCGGCGAGAGCGCCUGGUCAUGAGGCCUGACCAGAUGUACGGCAAUGUGGUUAUCACCAACAUCGGUCAGCUUGUCAUUUACAACGCCCAGGUGUGGGAUACAGGUAUCUACACCUGCAUCGCACGGAAUUCGGUGGGAGUUCUUCAUGCAGACUACCCGCUGUCUGUCAUCCGCCGGGCCGAUGAUGAUUUCUCUGAAGAUCCUGAGAUGCCCAUGGGGCGGCCAUUCUCACCGGCAGACUGCCUGGCUGAAGUAGACCUGAGGGUGUGCAGUGGCGAGCGCCACGUGGACUGGUAUUAUGACAGCAAGCUGGGCUCCUGCAUGGCCUUCAGCAACGGUGGAUGUGACGACAGCCGCAACCGCUUUGAGACUUAUGAGGAGUGCAAGGCCUCCUGUCAGAGAGAGGGGAUGGGUAUCUGCUCCCUGCCUGCUGUCCAGGGCCCCUGCAAAGCCUGGGAGCCACGUUGGGCCUGGAAUUCCCUCAUGAAACAGUGCCAAGCCUUUGCCUAUGGUGGCUGCCAUGGGAAUGCCAACAGCUUCCACACCAAGAAGGAGUGUGAGGCAAACUGCCCACAGCCCAAAAGGAAACCUUGUAAGACCUGCCGGGUGAAGGGGAAAAUGGUGCCCAGCUUAUGCCGGAGUGACUUUGCUAUUGUGGGGCGGCUGACAGAGCUGGUGGAGGAUCUGGACUCUGGGUUAGCCCGCUUUAGCUUGGAGGAGGUUCUGAGAGAUGAAAAAAUGGGCUUGACUUUCUUUAAUACCAAACACCUAGAGGUGACUAUCGCCAAGAUAGACUGGAGCUGUCCCUGUCCCAACAUCACCAUGGAGGAAAACCCUCUGCUGGUGAUGGGUGUAGUGCAGGAUGGUAUGGCCAUCAUCCAGUCAGACAGCUACGUCAGAGCCAUAACUGAACGCAGACUCAAGAAGCUACGUGAGGUUGUGGUUAAAAAGACCUGCGAGGCAUCAUAGAAGUCUCAGGAGUCAGACUCGGUAGCUCACAGAGGGUCUGUGGACACCUUCACCUUUAGCACUGAAGGGAAUUGCAACACGAAAAACUGACAUUUAAUAACUCUUUAAAUGAAAAGGCAAAAAUAAGUCAAAUGCUGAACGUUAAUGACGUUAUGAGAGAUCAUUUGUAUGUUCAAUAUAGGUUUAUUCAUGACAACACAGGUUGUACAACAUUCCACGUGUUGCGUCCAGUAAUAUCAGUGCUGAAAUGCUCUUUUUAAAUAAGUUUCAAUAUAGAUAUUUUUUGUUUUGACGUCUUCUGUAUGCUUGUAUACAGAAACAUAAGAUAGUAGCCGGGGUAGCAGCCACACAGGCUGAACAAAUGCCUAGCUUGUGAUGCUGAAGAUAUAGACACCUGCAGUAUAUUAUGUCUUUUUUCUGUUUUAUUGUAUUGUGUUUACUUUGUAUUGGGCUCUUUAUAUAUUAGACAUUUACAUAGGUGUUUUAUAUAGGUUUCCUUGUGUUGUUAUGUCUGAUUUCAAGCUCUAAUGUACAGCGCAUUGUCUCUCGCAUAUCUCCCUCUGCGAAGCACUUCUGCUAACUUAAGUUUUACUGACAGUCUGCAAACUGAAUGAAGAAAUAAAAAGAGCAGGUUGGCGGUAUCAAGGUAAACACAGUACACACAACACCAAAUACGUGAGCCUGAUCAACUUUACUCAACUGUGCAAUACAGAAGAAUACAGUGUAUAAGAGAUUACAUUAUUUCUGUUCUCAUUAAAGA